AAGCAGCUGUUUCUUGUUUGUGUGGCGGCUGAGUGACAUAACCCUCAUUUGCUUUAAUAAUAUUAUAAGUAAACUUAAGCUGAAUUAAAAAUGUCCUACAAAUACAGCGAGCUUAUUAAGCUCGGGACACAGUACGCGCGGCGCAUGAAUUAUCUGUCGAAUCGCAUAUUUGGCGAAGUGGCGCGCACUACAAACGACAAAUCUAUGAAGGUUGUUCGUAUGUUCUCAGAGGAGCCCAUUCAGAAACGCGACUAUGUUGUCAACUGGUAUCCGCGACAUGUGGAAACCCAUUUGCUUAUGAAAAAUCUGCGCGAUUAUGGCCUAUUUCGUGAUGAGCAUCAGGACUUUAAGGAGGAAAUGAAACGCUUACGCAAGCUGCGUGGAAAAGCGCCGCCCAAGAAGGGCGAGGGCAAACGUGCAACAAAGAAAUAGAUCAUUUACAACAUACACAAAAA